CAGGACACAUACAAGUCUUAUUAUGCCUAUUUAAAAGCCAAAUUUCUUCCCUCUCCUACCAUCUUAAAGUUUCAGAUGCAAUGCUUAUUUACCUAAUGAAUGAUGCCAAAGCUUCUUUGAGCAAAUGGAGCUGGAGAAGUGCGAGAAGAACUCCAAUUCCGAGGACAAUCUCAAUUGUACUACCAAAAUUGUACUCAACAUGGCUGUUCCCAGUGGCUCGAGUGGUGGAGAGGCGUCAAUUGUUGCGGAAUUGGUGGAAGUGGAGGAAAAUUCAAGCAGGAAAAUGCAGACAUUGCGUAUUCCUCCUGUCAUAACGGUCAACAAAACUUCUGCAUAUGCCUUGUAUCAGUUAACAUACAUACGAGAUGUUCCUUAUAAACCUGAAGAGUAUUAUGUUAAGACACGCAAAUGCGAGCCAGAUGCUGGUGCAAAUGUCGUGAAGAUAUGUGAAAGACUGCGGGAUGAAGAGGGUCAUAUUAUCGAGUACACUCAGCCAAUAUGUUGUCCAUGUGGACCCCAGAGGCGGAUGCCUUCAUCAUGUGGAAACUUCUUUGACAAAUUGACAAAAGGAAAGGCCAACACUGCACAUUGUGUGCGUUUCCCUGGUGAUUGGUUUCAUGUUUUUGGCAUUGGGCGGCGAACAUUGGGAUUUAGUGUUCGAAUACAGGUGAAGAGUGGAACUAAAGUUUCGGAAGUGUUUGUGGGUCCUGAAAACAGAACAGUGAUCUCUGAUGAUAAAUUUUUGAGGGUUAAUCUUAUUGGAGAUUUUGUUGGGUAUACAAAUAUACCAUCUUUUGAGGAUUUCUAUCUGGUCGUACCAAGGCAGGGCAGCCCUGGGCAACCACAGGAUUUGGGGAGAAACAUUUCUAUGUGGAUGCUGCUUGAGAGAGUGAGAUUUACCUUAGAUGGUAUUGAAUGUAACAAAAUUGGUGUCAGCUAUGAAGCUUUUAAUCAACAACCAAACUUUUGCUCUUCUCCCUUUUGGACCUGCUUGCAUAAUCAAUUAUGGAAUUUUCGGGAGGCUGACCUGAAUCGAAUAAGUAGGAAUCAAGUGCCGCUCUAUGGUUUGGAAGGAAGGUUUGAAAGAAUAAACCAACAUCCAAGUGCUGGGAGUUAUUCUUUCUCCAUAGGAAUUACAGAGGUUCUUAGUACAAACCUUGUGCUAGAAUUAAGUGCGAAUGAUGUAGAGUAUGUUUAUCAAAGGAGCCCAGGAAAGAUAAUAAGUGUUAGCGUCCCUACAUUUGAAGCCCUAACUCAAUUUGGUGUUGCUACAAUCACAACUAAGAAUACCGGUGAGGUGGAAGCGUCAUAUAGUUUGACGUUUAAUUGCUCCAAGGAUAUCACCCUGAUGGAGGAGCAAUUUUUAAUAAUGAAGCCAAAUGAGGUUACAACCCAAUCAUGCAAAAUCUACCCAAGCACUGAUCAGGCUUCAAAAUAUUUUUGUGCGGGUAAAGUUGAAGCUUUGGAUUUAUACGUUAUCUAUUCCGAGGAUAAGGAACACAUUAACAUUUACUGUGUCCUUUUUUUGGGUUUUUUGGAUGAAGUCGUAUUAAAGGAUUCUGAUUAUAAUGAAGUUGAUAGAGCUGAAUGUCAAUUUGCUACUACGGCAACCGUUCUUGACAACGACACACAUGGUAUGCCUUUUCAACCACCAGAGGCCAGUAUAAAUAGUUUCUUUGAUUCUAUCGAAAGCAUAUGGAAUAAAAUAUGGAGAAGCUUAACAGAAUUUAUCACUGGAAAAACUUGUAGAGAAAAAUGCUCUGGGUUUUUUGACUUCAAGUGCCACAUACAAUAUGUUUGCUUGAGUUGGGUAAUGAUGUUUGGUCUGUUUUUGACAAUUUUUCCGACAGUGCUUGUGCUAUUAUGGCUUUUGCACCAGAAAGGUCUAUUUGAUCCUUUGUAUGACUGGUGGGAGGAUAUCUUAGGCGCUGAUGAACAAAUCAUCAUGGAUAAACGUAGAUUCAAAAUUGACAAGGGGCAUCACCAUAUUCAUGAUAACAAACAUCAUAAGCAAGAACUUAGGCACUCUAACUAUAGUGCUCAAAAUAGGCGAAGGACCACUUAUGAGCAUAUGCACAAGCAUUCUGAAAGGAACUCCGAUUAUUUUGAUGAUUUACACCAUGUUCAUAAAGAAAUGCACAAGUAUGGACAUAAAAAACAGAAUAUGGAUAUUGUGCAGCAUAUUGUUGACCAUCCUGCACAUCACAAACACAGAAAGAAACGGGAUAGCUCAAAGGGGGAGUUAAAGAGAUGAAGCUAAAACAUGAUAAAGUGAGGCAAGAAAAUUAUGAUAAACACAAACAAGUUCUGCUAGAUGAGCCAGAGGCUGAGUAGAUUCAAGCCCAAAUGUAUAAUUUAAUGUACGUACUUUUUAAAUUUCUGACACUAACAUUUUAGAGCAACUUGUUACGUAUUUCAUAGAAUCAUAUAUAGUUACGGUUUUUAUCCUUUUA